UUGUUUUUUUAUAUGUCAUGUUCUGUACUGCAGGCUAAUCCAGCUCACCUGAAAUUGCAGGAAAAUUGGACAGCUGAAGAAAAUCUAGCCAAAUCCUGUUUACUGUAACUACAAGGAAGUAAAAUUAUCAUCAGGUUAUUAUCUCUAUUAUGUGGUUUAGCUGGAUUUCUUCAGAUUUCUACAGACAAAUGGAGAACAGUCUCUCCAUUUGUCACUCUAUGUCUAUCACUCCUCCUUACCAGCUCUGAAGAUGGAUAUUCCUGCCAAUACAUUUCCACCACCACCACCUUACGAAAAGCCAGCUGCCAUGCAAUCAGCUGUUUCCAAAGAUGCUCAUGUGGCUUCACAACAGAACGCAGGAAACAUCUCUGUAAAUGUAACCUGUGUUCCGAGUCAACCAGAAUCUAAGCCUAAAUCUGAAAGCCUCUCCGAGCCUCGGUAUAUGCCGCAGGUUCAAGCCUUCCCUCAACCUCAAAUGAACCAGGUUCAAUUCCAACAGCCUCAGUUCCAACCAGUUCAAGUUCAGCAGCCUCAGUUCCAACAGGUUCAAGUUCAACAGGCUCAAUUCCAACAGCCUCAAUACGUUGUCAAUCAGCAACCUAUCAUAUCCAGUGGGAAUCUGGGUGCAGAACCUUGCUUAACAACCUGCACCAAUUGUAGGGAGAGAGUCACAACUAAUGUGAUUUAUAAGCCUGGGGCUCUUACAUGGGUGGUAUGUUUAACGCUCAUCUUAUUUGGCUUCGUGUUUGGAUGCUGUCUGAUCCCAUUCUGUAUGGACAUCUGUCAGGAUGCUCAUCACAGCUGCCCAAAAUGCCACACCAGCCUCCAUGUUCACAAACGGCUUUAAACUGCCUGUCCUAUUGGAGACUCCACACAUUUAUAUGAUCACUACACUGGUGUUGGUCUAAAGAAACUCACUAUUCUACAAUUAUAAUGCAAUAAGUAACUAUAAUUAAUCCAGUGUUCCACAAUUAAAAUGUAUUUAGUAAUCAUGAUUAAUCCACUACAAAGUGUAAUUGAAAACCAUAUAUGAAUUGAAAAAUUCCAUUAAAAUAACAAUCGUGACCAAUAAAUGAACUUUAAAUCUU